UCUACUGCUGCAGCUUCAUUUGCUGUUCCUGGGUCUGCUCCUGCUAAUGACUACAACGUCAUCAUUCUUGGUUUCUGGUUGGACCAAGGUCUUUACGAUAGUGGUUACAGUUGGGCACAACUUGACGCCACUACUCGUCAAACCUACCUUGAUGCCAUCCAUGCAUCUGGCAAAAAGCUGUUGAUCAGUGCCUUUGGUGCCGCAGAAUGGCCUACCUCUGGAGGAGUUAACCCCACUACCAGUGCAAAUAACCUUGCUGCUAUCGUCAAGCAAUACGGUUUCGAUGGUUGUGACAUUGAUUGGGAAGAUAACAACGCUAUGGAUGGAGGAACCGGUGAGGCAUGGUUGAUCACCUUCCAGACUGCCCUCCGUGCUGCUCUUCCUUCCGGUCAAUAUCUUAUUUCCCAUGCUCCUCAAGCCCCUUACUUCUAUGUUAACAAGGCUCAAUACCCUAACGGAGCAUACCAAACUGUUCACAAGCAAGUUGGUAGCAGCAUUGAUUGGUACAAUACUCAAUUCUAUAACCAAGGCUCUAGCAGCUAUGACACAUGCGCAACUCUAUUGAACACAUCUGGUGGUGCUUUCCCCGGCACUUCGCUUUUCGAGAUCAUCGCCACUGGUGUCGAUUCCCAUAAGCUAUUGAUCGGUAAGCCAGCCACUCCCGCAGGAGCCACUAAUACUGGAUAUAUGGCUCCUAGUGCACUUGCUGCCUGUCUUAGCCAAGCUAGCGCUCAGGGAUGGUCUGCUGGUGUCAUGCUUUGGCAA